AUGUCUUUACCAAUUGACCUAAAGCGUAGUUUGCGCUCAACUAUCUACCUAGCCCCCACCGAGUACUUCGAUCUCUGGUUGCGUGCCCUCGCCGUCGCCAACCUUGCCGUCGCUAAUCGAUCUUCUCCCCCUCCACCGCCGGCGCAACACCCCGUCCUCGAGGUCGUGUGA